UCCUGUUGUCUGUGCAGGAUCUUUGUUCCAAGAAGUUCUCUGCAUGGCUCCAGGAGCCCAUUGUGCAAGGCAUGUUCUCAGGUUAGGUUGAAAGCCUGACAGCACUUUUCCGUGAAGCUAUGACAAAUACAAAGCAGUUUGCUCAGAAUCAUUUUAAAGCAAACUUGACAUAUUUUCUACAUAAAUUAAGAACCUGUUUACAUAAUUUGGAGUUUAUCUUGUGUUGGCUAUUUAAAUAUUGUCUAUUGUUCCUGUUCCAUGACUGGAUAAUUUAUGUAGCUAAUCAUCACAGGAAAAAUUUGGUAUGUCAGUUUGGUGUUUGUUGGUUACAUAAAUCAUCAACUGGGAAAAUGAAAACCAUAUUAAGUGAGUUACUGAAGUAACUACACCAGACAAAUUACAGAUUGAUCAUCCUGCUGGGAAUGCUUGCAUAUCAAAAAUCUGUAUUGAAAUUUGGAUGACUUAAACUAAAUAUAAGGAUGUUGGAGCUAUUCAUAAAUAGGGGAAGGAAAGAAUAAUUUACCAUGUCAGCUUUGGCUAAAGUUUGAAAGUGUGAGGAAAGGUCUUCCUCUGCUUCCCCCUCCCCGCCCCGCCAAGUAUUAAGGAAAACUUGCACAGGCACACCUUUUUUCUUUCUUUCUGUGUUGUGGGGUUUUGUUUGUUUGUUUAAAUGACAUUAAUUCCUUCUAUUUCUUUACUUAUGGAUAUAACCAUAGCUUUAUAUAGUUUUAUACUUUCACAGGCAUGCUUCUUGUAUUUUAGGGCUAACUUUGUUUCCUUGAACAGAAUUUUUGAAUUGUGACUGGUUGCCCACAUAAAAGUUUUACUUUUGACAUUUAACUUGCUUUUACUAUGAAGGUUUUUAGUUUUGAUAUUAUGAAUGAGCAAGUUUCUUCUCCCGCCCCCCCCAAUCUAAGUUCAAAAUACAGAAAGAUUAAGGGCUUGUUUUCCUUCUAUAGUUUCUAGAAAAUGCUUCUGAAAGCCAGUAUAAUUCCCCUUGAAAUUAGUAUUAAAUUGUACUAGUUGAAAAUGGGAGCUAUCUUAUUUGAAUUUAUAUAUAGUUCAUAAGAUUCCUAAAAUUUCUGGUGAGCUUAACCUGGUGUAGUUGCAAUAUCAGGCAGUGAAACGGAGGAUGAUGACACUAUGGAGGUCCCACUGGAUCUUUCCUCAUCUGCUGGCUCAGGCAAACGGAGGAGACGUGGCAACCUGCCCAAGGAAUCCGUGCAGAUUCUUCGGGACUGGCUAUAUGAGCACCGAUACAAUGCUUAUCCUUCAGAGCAAGAAAAAGCGCUGUUAUCCCGACAAACACACCUUUCCACACUACAGGUCUGCAACUGGUUUAUCAAUGCACGCCGCAGGCUUUUACCUGACAUGCUGAGGAAGGAUGGCAAAGACCCAAAUCAGUUCACUAUCUCUCGGCGAGGGACCAAGCUUCCUGAGGGCAACCUGGUGGAGUCUUCCAUCAGCACAAAGAACUACAUUCCCUUGCUGGAGGAGACUGCCUUCCUUCCCACUGCUGCACCGGUCGGCAAGACUGUGUCCUCUUCCAAGCCGGCUUCCCCGGGAUCGGUCCUGGCUCGGCCGUCGGUGAUUUGCCACACGACUGUGACUGCAUUGAAGGACGCCCCUUUCCACUUUUGCCAGCCAGCUGAUGUAGGCCAGACCACGGACCUGCAGCAGCCCCCGGCCAACGGCUUCACAGACAACUCCCUCUCCUACCAUGAGGACGCCUCUAAACUGGGACCUGGUGCAAACACACAAAGCGGGCUCUUUAACACUCCUCCUCCAACCCCACCAGACCUUAACCAGGAUUUUAGUGGAUUUCAGCUACUGGUGGAUGUUGCACUCAAAAGGGCGGCAGAGAUGGAGUUGCAGGCGAAACUUAUGGCCUAAAUCCCUUUCCUUCUUCUUCCCCGUUUUGUUUUUCCAGGCAGGGAUCUAACAGCUGUGUGGUUAUUGCCACCCACACAAUAUCAAAAGACUUCACUGCAUUAUUAUUAUUAUUUUUUUUAUUAAUCUUAUUUGCACAAGGGAUUGCUGAAAUGAAGCUUCCUGUCACUGAGAUGGUCUUCAGUGGAAUAUGGUCAUUCCAAGAAUUAUAAACUUAAAGCUACUGUAGAAAGAAAGGGUUGUGUGUUUUUUUUUUGUUUUGUUUUGUUUUUUUUUAAUGUUUUCUUUGUAGGUUUUUCAUAAUGUGAGAUGGUUCCCAAGAUCAUGUGAUUUGUUUUUGUUUCUUUCAGACUGUGCAAUAUCUAGUAAUGAUAUAGAGUCUUCUUAUCAUUCCCAUGCGGAACAGAAUAUACCAACACGCUGUCUAAAAUAAAUUUUCAAUUUUUUUAACAAUAUGAACUUUGGAUGAUUAUGCUUUUUUCCCAUAAUGUAAUAAAAUAUUUUCUUUAAAAAUGGGUGCAUACAGAGUAUUUUGUUGAAUAUGAGCUUUGCAGAAAACACAGCUUUACUCUUGAAAUAAAUGGAAGUUAGAAAUAUUUUUGAGCUCACACUGAUUCUGUUUGGUUUAGAGAGCUAUGCUAGCAGUUGUUGUUAACCAGAUGUUUAAAGGAAUACUGAAAAGUGGGCCAGAAGUACCUGACCAUGUUCUGUUAUGUUGAAAUUUUUUAAAGGGGCGAAAAGGAGCUAUGUAGGCAACUCUCACUAAAUUUCAGGGGGAUAUCUUAGGCCCCUCUAAGAGUUCCAGCUUUUGGCUCCUAGAAAUACUUUAGGGCUGGGAAAUGUGACAGCCCAUGGGGAAGUUCUCCUGAAGGUGAAAUGAGGAGGCCAGAAGAGGGGUUGGGGCAAGCGUUCUUUGGAGGACUUUGUGAUACAGCUCCUAGACAUCACUGGUGACAAAUUUUGAGCAUGGAAGACAAGGGGUCCCACUCUUACUCUUCCUGGACUAGCAAUGAAAAGGGUUUGACUCAGUAAUUCUAGUAGACUAAAAUAGAAAAGACUGUAUUGGGUGGAAAUCUAUGAGUUCUGGGAGCCAGGUAUUGGUAAGGUACUUAAACAGGUGAUUGAUUAAGAUUUAGAAUAGAUCCCUGUUGUAUUGGGCUAUAUUUUGGCCAACAGAAUCUGAGUUACCUUUCAGAAAAGGACUUUGCUAUCAAAAUGACUUAUUACUGAAAAAUGCGAAGACUUGCAGCUCACAUUUCAACUUACUUGCAUGUCAGUCACCCACCCUUAUCCUUCCAACAACAGUGAAAUAAGAGACCUCUAGGGGAAAAAAUCAGUUCCAGCUAAUCCUUAAAAACAAACCAGUUGUCUGUUUGGGAGGUUAGGGGAGGGCUUUGUGGAGCAGGAGAGCUGACAAAUUUAAGGAUAUCAUUAUGAGUAGAAGACUGCAAUAUUCAGACUGUAGUGUGUAUGCAUUUUGUUUUGCUGUGGCCUUUAUCUUUUUUUAGUGUCAGAAAUACUCUUUGUUUGUUCUCUGGAGUACUCUUUGGAAUUAUAUUGAACGUCUGCCUUUCUUUAACCUUCAAGUUUAAAAUCAAUGAUUAUAUUUUAAAAAAGGCAAAUAGUAAACACUGUGGCUUUCUCAUGUCUGCAUCAGCUUCAGUAACACAGUCAUCCUAAUAUACUGUAUGAAUAUAUAAUUAUUUUUUAAUACUUUCUGUUGAAAUAAAGCUAGAAAAAAUAAUUUUGAACAUAGCCAGAGAUGGCUGUAUACUUUGUCUUCGAGGAGUAGCAUGUGAGUCCAGAAAGAGCCUUGUGUCUUGUCUCUUUUGACACACUGUACUUGAUACUUCUGGGCUGUUUUUUCUGGGAUACUUAUGUAUGGUUUUUUAGUCGUUUGUUUGCUUUUUUUAAUGGCUAAUUAUAAAAUAAAAUGGAAGUACAUUUUUGUGUAA